AUGGAUACCUUUCUGACGGGGGUUUGUCUCAUAUAUGACCAGUCAUGGGGCGAGUGGCUGAUUCAUGCAUCACAUCUAGCUCACCCGGCAGGCGAUGAAUUAUGCCAUUCGGAAGAAGCCGAAGCUGAUAAUUUCCCUUCGCUCGAUAAGAAUGUGAACAGCGAGGACCGAGAUGAGCUACUUUCCUUGCAACAACGCUUAGAAAGCAAGAUCCAGGUUAUCGCCCCGUCUAUUGACAUGAUUGAGUUGAUAGCUGCUCGAGGUAAUACGUCAUUGGAAUCUGCCGUCGCCCUCACCAAAUCUCUGAGAUGGGAUAUCCAAGCCCUGGGACAGCGCCUGGCAAAGGCUGCGACAUCCGAAGAACUGAGGCGUAGAGGCGCCAGGUCCUCCAAAGACCAGAUGAAUAGCGAGAAAGAAAUCAAGCUUAUCAUCAAGGACAUCAAAAGAUUACUGGCUCGGAUUGAAGAUGCAGUCCCAUUGAUGAAUUUGGCCAUCACUACGUCUGGGGCCAAGUUAUCCACCAAUUUACCCGCAACGGUGUCACCGUCCCGUCUCCUUCAAGCAAGCACGUUUCUUACAGCUGGGGAUACGCAGUAUUCGAUAUCCCCGUCCCAGGCAGUGCAGAUAGGACCGACUUUUACCCUAUCAAUGUACAUGCUGUUUGCCAGCCAUUUGCGACCUCAUGACGAAGAAUCUGUUCGCGAGGCAACGUGGAAGGAAGUCAUGCACAAAGCACGUCUGAAACUUCGGCGUGUUCCAAUAGAUUCAUUGCAGUCCCCCAGCCAGCAUCCACGAAAGAAACUUCCAGGCCCAGCCGGCACCGAUGAAUACACUUACCAAGUCCUGAUAAUCGAAGACCUAGAUGAUGGUCGAGUUCAUACAUUCGAUGAAAAUGAUCCGCAACCUCAUAAAUAUGAAGGCAUUUCCAAGGCAGGGAUCCGGGAGAUUCUUCCCAUCCAUCAAAUUUCUAAGAUUUUCUACGCCGACACAGGGAGGAUCUUGAACAUAAGCACAGAGGGCGAAACAAAUAAUCCAGUGUUGUUAUUGAAACGGGACCUCAAUGCCCUCCCCCCACGCCGUAUGAUGGAACGUGACGAGGUCGAGGAGGACUUUACUCGGGCAGAAUCCGAAGUGGAACCAGAGGAUGAGGAGCAAGCUCAACUCGAUGCACAACUGAAUGGAGGUGAUUUCCCAGGGAACCAAAGCUUCAGCUCUCUACAUGAAGACUCAAUACCCGAAGAAUGGCGUUUACCUGCCGGACUGGACCCAGAAUGGAUUGCAUUUGAAGUCUACAAUGAAGACGAAACCUCCGACACCGAGUCCGAAGCUGAAAACCUCGAAUCUUCCACAAGUGAACACUCGAUUGAUUCAAAUAUGAUGGCGAAGCUGUCCCUCAAUGAAAAGCGGCAACCAUCAUCCUCCCCAUCCCCUCAACAAGAAUCCUUCUCAUCCCCCGCCGCAACAACAACAGUCUCCAACCCGCACUUCGAAAACAUUCGUACAUCCCUUUCCCUCCUCGAAACCCUCCUCCGCCUAACAUCCCUCCAACAAUUCCAGCAACAAUCGCAUUUAUCCAUCAGUGACGAGUUGCUGAACUUCUUCUUGGAGGAAUCCUCCACCACCGGCGCCGGUGGUGACGAACAACACCGCCAGCGGCUCCGCUCCGAGGCCCGCCGCCGCGUUGGUUGGGAUCCUUACAACGAAAGCCCAGUCAAACACCGCGGCGAGGAUUACCAGUACGGCUGGGAGCCUGGUAGUACCCCUCACCAAUAUGGCGGUGAUCCUUACUCGCCUAGUGGGCGUGCGCAGGGCUUCCACAUCCGUUCCAGAGAGAGUACACCGGAGACCCCGGUCCGCAAAGUUUCGCCGAAUAUCCGUCCAAGUGGCCUGCGUGGUGUGAUGCCUGCGUAUAGUGAGUCACCCCUUUCGAAGAAGAUGGGUAGAUCUCCGAAUGAUUGA